AUGUCAUCGACGUCAAGCAUUCGGAAAUUCCCCACGAUCAAGGCCGUGCGGUCGUACGUGAUCGGGGGCGUCGGCUCCGGCGGUGAUUAUCACAAUGUAAAAGGAGGGCACUGGCUCAUCGAUACCGACAUAUCGACGCCAUGCUCCCAAUGGGAACAGUACCGCCAGUCGCGCACGAGCUGGGGCAUCAAUGUUCUCGGCUCGUUUCUCGUUGAGAUAGAAGCCUCAGAUGGGACCGUUGGCUUCGCCACGGGCUUCGGAGGUCCUCCCGCCUGUUGGCUCGUUCACCAACAUUUUGAGCGCUUCCUUAUCGGCGCCGAUCCGCGCAAUACAAACCUUCUCUUCGAGCAAAUGUAUCGGGCGUCCAUGUUCUACGGCCGCAAGGGCCUCCCUAUCGCCAUCAUCUCGGUGAUCGACCUAGCCAUCUGGGACUUGCUGGGCAAGCUGCGCAACGAGCCCGUCUACCGCCUCAUCGGAGGCGCCACCAAGGAGCGUCUCGACUUCUACUGCACCGGCCCCCAGCCGACUGCUGCGAGAGAAAUGGGCUUCUGGGGCGCCAAGGUGCCGUUGCCAUUCUGCCCGGAAGAGGGCCACAGCGGCCUCCGCAAGAAUGUCGAGUUCCUCCGCAAGCACCGCGAGGCAGUCGGACCCGACUUCCCUAUCAUGGUGGAUUGCUACAUGAGCCUGAACGUGUCCUACACCAUUGAACUCGUCAAAGCCUGUCAGGAUCUCAACAUCAACUGGUGGGAAGAGUGCCUGUCGCCAGACGAUACCGAUGGCUUCGCACAGAUCAAGCGGGCUCAUCCCACGGUCAAGUUCACUACGGGCGAGCACGAAUACUCGCGGUACGGCUUCCGCAAGCUCAUUGAAGGUCGAAACCUCGACAUCAUCCAGCCGGAUGUCAUGUGGCUCGGAGGCAUGACGGAGCUGCUCAAAGUGGCGGCCAUGGCGGCAGCAUACGACAUUCCCGUUGUGCCGCACGCCAGCGGACCUUACAGUUAUCAUUUCGUCAUUUCGCAACCGAACACUCCGUUCCAAGAGUAUCUGGCCAACUCCCCCGACGGCCGCAGUGUGCUGCCCGUGUUCGGCGACUUGUUCACCGACGAGCCGAUCCCGACCAAGGGCUACCUCACAACGGCGGACUUGGACAAGCCUGGCUUCGGGUUGACCAUCAACCCCGCGGCGUGGUCGAAGCUCAUUCCGUCGACAAAUCUCCUCAACCCAUCGCCCGCGCAUGCACUGCCUCCGCCGUCCCACGCCGUUGAUGGGCAGAGAGCUGAAACGCCAAAUGGGAGACCUCAAGAGAUGAACGGCGGUGUGGCAGAAAACGUCACCGCUAAGAUGGGAGAACUAACGACUCGAUCCUAA